AUGCUAGCAGCAUUAAUUUUUUGCUCCUUAUUAACUGCUGCAUUCGGUACACCUGCUGCUGUCCUCAAAUUCAGUAUUCGUCCUGAUACAGUAAAUGUGGGCACAGAACUUCCAUUCCAAAUCGAUGUGUUGGAUACCGAGUCAAAAGUAUUUCAUCGUUCUGCAUUGGGACUGGCUAACAAAUGGAAGGGCCAGCUUCGCGGAUUUGCUAUUAUGAAGAAUAUCAGCAACACUCUGGCUCUAAUAAAGCUUGGCCAUCCAGAUCUCAAUCAAGAUACCGUAGCUUUUUCAUUGAAAGAUCACCACGACGGAAAUAUGAAGAUAUCGACUGAUCAGUUCAGGAUAGUGCUUAGCCAGUCUUAUGCAACAUUGGAUGAAUUCUGUGUGAAUGCCACCUACAACCGUGUAGCGUAUGGUCUAGACUUGUCGAUCGGUGUGGAUGGGCAUUACUAUACUAUGCAGAUUUCACUUCGCAAUCCGCCUCCAAUCUGCCUCGCCGCACCUUUCGCACAUGAUCUGGUCGACUUAUGUGUGGCUUUCAAAGAUCUGGACGUCUCACGAGAGAAGCGUACCCUAUCUGGAUGUAUAGAGCUGGAGGGUGAGCUCAUCCACAUGCGAGUUCUCCGACUGCAUCUCGGUUGUUUUGUGAUGCCAAUCUGA